AUGAAAGCGCAGUCAUUUCAGACGUCCAUCAACGGUUACACUGUCGGUGACACUUGCAUAGACCUGUACGCCGAACAGAUCAUGAUUCCUCGGAUUUUGCUCUUGUCCGCCAUGAAAGGGCUAUUGGUGCUCGCUCUCUUUCUGAUUCGAUGUCACCGCCGUCGUCACGCGCGUCAAUUGAAACGCUGGUUUGCGUACUUCUUGGCCAUGACUGUGACGUGGCUUACGAUCUUUCUUUGCUGUUUUAACUCGUCCAUUGCCGUGACGACCUCGUCCAUGAGUGGGGCACAGGGUGACGGCUUUGACAUUGUGUACGUCAUCAUUCCUCGGAUGUAUCGAGACAAAAUUGUAGAGGUUCCGCCAUGGCUCUUGGACGACAAUUCGACGUUGAACCGAACCGAGUUCCGUGGUAUCACGUUUGCCACUGGAACAACUCCGUACCACGCCAAAUUGAGACUUGUUGUAUUGGAUACGGACUUUGGUCCAGCGAGCAAAGUGCUCGGGACGCUAUUGAUUGAGCACGACCCGGAUACUCUCAUCGUCUAUGGCGAUGAUGACCGAUUAUAUCCGCCUCAGUUGUGGUGGAUCUCGGCCGAGGACGGGUUGUACUGCGGACGCAGCCUCGCAGUUGGAGUGAACAGCGUGUCAUUUGUAGGAGGAGCGGGCGGAGUAGUAGUGCAGCGCAAGUUUUUUGGAAUGGAAGAGAUGUCGGCGUUUCAAGUGGCCAAUAUGUCCAAGGCGUGCUACCUUGGAGAUGACUAUUAUUUGUCCCAUUUGCUGAGCUCAAUCGCGUGCGGCGACGACUUGUGUCUGAUAGCUGCUGGAACAUCGAUUCGCUCAAGGAAUCUUUCUCGCACGGUGGAAAAGAUCAAGAUCUUUCAUAUGAUGGUGAGUUUGGAUCGCCUAUCAUGUUCUUCAUCUCACCGUUUGUGCUGGCUGUCGUCAUCGUGA